AUGAGUCGUGGAUAUUCAGAGAACAACAAUUUCUUGAACAAUAACAACCAAAUGGUGUUGGACAUGAUCCUUUAUCCAUUAAUUGGAAUCCAUCAGACCAUCAACUGGGAAACUGUGGCAAGGCUUGUACCUGGGUUAACACCCAAAGAGUGUGCAAAAAGGUUUGAUGAACUGAGGAGCAGUGGCAGCUCACCUGUUGACAACCAAUAUAAUCCCCUAAUGGCUGCUGGAGAGAGUCCUGUGGAAACCUUAGCCACAUAUAUCAAAUCGUCACUUCUUGACAUGCAGGGAGAAUUUCAGGAAACUCCAGUUGGUCAAGAUGCAGUUUCCAAAACAGGAAGACAUAGUAUAGCUUCCACAAGGAAUUGUUCUUCCGAAAGUGAAAAUUGUACUACUCGUAAUGGUGGAGAAAAGACUGAAGAAUCUGAAGGGCCAAACAUGGUGAUCCAUGUAUGUGAUGAAGCAAAAAACUUGAAAGAAGAUUUUAUUUGCCCACGAGAUCUUUUGAUAGCAGAAAUGAAGUACUUUGCUGAAUAUUUAUCUAUGGAUGCCCAGCGCUGGGAAGAGGUGGACAUUUCAGUUCAUUGUGACGUUCACAUUUUCAACUGGUUGAUAAGAUAUGUUAAAAGGAACACUAAGGAGAAUAAAGAUUGUGAGAUGCCCACUUUAGAGCCAGGAAAUGUCAUUUCAAUUCUUAUUUCUUCAGAGUUUCUGAAAAUGGAUUCAUUGGUUGAGCAAUGUAUUCAGUAUUGCCACAAGAAUAUGAAUGCCAUAGUUGCUACCCCAUGCAACAUGAACUGUAUUAAUGCAAAUCUUCUCACACGUAUAGCUGACCUGUUCACACAUAAUGAAGUUGAUGAUUUAAAGGACAAGAAAGAUAAGUUUAGGAGUAAACUUUUUUGUAAGAAGAUUGAAAGACUUUUUGAUCCUGAGUACUUGAACCCAGAUUCUCGGAAUAAUGCAGCGACAUUAUACAGAUGCUGUUUGUGUAAGAAACUUUUAACAAAAGAAACAGAAAGAAGAAUUCCUUGCAUUCCUGGAAAAAUCAAUGUGGAUCAACAUGGAAAUAUUAUCUACAUUCACAUAAGGGAUAAGACUUGGGAUGUUCAUGAGUAUUUGAAUAGUCUUUUUGAAGAAUUAAAAUCUUGGAGAGAUGUAUAUUGGCGCUUGUGGGGAACAGUCAACUGGCUAACUUGUUCAAGAUGUUAUCAGGCUUUUCUCUGUAUAGAAUUUUCACAUUGUCAGUAUCACUCAGAAACAGUGGUUUAUCCAACUGCAGCAAGUUCACUGAGUACUGUUGGCACUGGUAUUUAUCCCUGUUGUAACCAAAAGGUUCUUCGGUUUGAUCCCACUCAGCUAACAAAGGGUUGUAAAGUGAAGGACCACAUAGUUGCUCUUCAUGAUCAAAGUGAAGGCGGAGAUUUGCUGUCGUGUCCAACCACUAGAAUACUGGACGAUCUGCACAAACACAAAGAUGUCAUUGUUGUGCCUUUUUCUAAAGAUACAGUUAGUGAUUCUGGGGUUGGUCCCUGUGAUGAAAAGGGUCUAGACUGUGAUGUUUUAUUGGAGCCAAAUACACCAUGGGGCCCCAAAAGUGGGGAGCUCAAUGCUUUUUUGUCACUGAAAAACUGGACUCUGCAACUGAAACAACAAUCAUUAUUUUCGGAAGAAGAAGAAUAUACCACUGGAUCUGAGGUCACUGAAGAUGAAGUUGGAGAUGAAGAAGAAAUAUCCAAGAAACAAAGGAAAAAGGAAAAGCCAAAGAAGUUCACAAAACAACCAAAAAAGCAGAUGUCUUCACCUUGUGGUCAGAAGAAAGAAAAGGUGUUAGAGAAGUCAACUUCUAGAGAUGUGUCUCCUUUCAUCGUGAGUAUGCAGAAGAAUAAAUGGGAUGCCACAAGAUCCUUGAGAUUCAACCAGGAUGCACAAAGGGAAGAUGAUCAGCGGCGGAUGUCCGAAAUUACAGGGCACCUAAUAAAGAUGAGAUUGGGUGAUCUGGACCGUGUCAAGUCAAAGGAAGCAAAAGAAUUUGCAGGAGGUAUUUAUUCCAGACUUGAAGCGCAAAUUAAGGCCUCAGUGCCAGUCACUGCCCGGCAAAGCAGCUCAGAAAAAAACACAAGGUCUAAAAGCCGUUUUGGUCCAGGGCGUCCUGCAUAA